AUGAUCAAGGCCAGAUCGUGCGACCGGUGCCACAAGCGAAAAGAAGAGUGCCGCGGCGAGAUCCCGUGCGAACGAUGCAAAAAGGACGGCGCCGCCUGUUUGUUUGAGCGGACGUUCAAGAAAAACGGCCGGCCGAGAGGGCCGGAGAGGGCCUUGACCAGAGGCAAGUACAGCAAGAACGGAUGCGUUGCUUGCCGGAAACAAAAGAAGAAGUGCGACGAAAAGCGGCCCGAAUGUGGCAAUUGCACCAGGAGGCAGAGACUGUGUUGGUACGAGAGGAGCCCAAGACGAGAAGAUGGACGGAAUGAUGAUAGAGAGGAGAACCGGAGUGGACGGAAUGGAAAGAAAGAGGAGAGUUGGAGUGAAAAGGAACAAAACCAUAAACAAGAAGACCUACAAGAAGAAGAAGGAAUGAUGAACGACACACAGCUACAGAGACUUAGUCAAAGUCAGAAUCCAAAUCUCCAAAAUCCAAAUCUCCAGAAUCCAAAUCUCCAAAAUCUCCAAAACUCCCCCCUACCCGACCUCGCCCUCACGCCGUCAACGUUCUUCAGCGCCACCGAAAAAAUGUUUCUCGACUCGUUACUCGAGGACCCCCACGAGUCCGCCCAGUCGUCGCCGCAGUCCGACACCUACGAGGAGCAGAAACUCACGCUCUUGCAAUCGUGUAUGUUGAGCACGGUCGGCAUCCCGGCCAAAGAGGGCGAGCUUUUGUGCUACUUCAUCACCAACGUGUCGAUGCUCUUGUUUGUGGACAAAACCACCACCCGUUUUUUGAGCACCGUCAUUCCUCUCUGUCUCUUUGACUCCCGUGUCCGGUACCCCGUGAUUGCCAUUGCCAGCUCGCAUCGGGCCAACAGCUCGCCCAAGUCCGAGUUCGAGAUCAUGCGGGACGCCGUCAAGUACAGGGGAAUGGCGCAGUGCUGCUUGGCCGGCCGCAACAGCGACUUCUACCACGACACGGAGAAUGUGCUUCUCAGCCUUUGUCUUGUUUCGAUCCGGGAGAUUUUCGAAGGCAACUCGCUUUUCUGGAGCAGCGCCCUCGAAAAGGGCUCCGAGAUCAUCCGGCUCCGCGGCGGCUUGAAGAAAGUGUCCAGCGUGCUGCCGCUCUCGAUCCAGUUGUUCUGCUACCUCGACCACAUUUCCUCCUUGAGCACAUGUGCCACGCCGCACGUUGACCGGUCGAAAAACAAUCCCUACGCCAACUACAACGGCAACCACGUGGAGGACAUCUUGAACUGCAAGUUUGGCUUUCGCUACGGCAUAGCGGGCGAGCUUUUCAAGAUCUUGGGCAACAUAUCCACCUUGGCCGGUUUGCGGUCGCACCGCCACAAGUCGGCCGAGCACGAAAGGCAGUUCGAGGCUCUCGCCAACUUGAUCGAAAUGAAGUUGCAAAAUUGGUCUCCGUCGCACAUUGAGUACAUGGAGAGCUUUCUGUUUGACGAAAACGUGGACGCCGACAAAAUGGCUCUAUCCUCGUAUUGGUUGGCACUACAGUGGUCGUCUUUUCUACGUCUCCACCAGAUCCGCGAGGGCUACAAUCGCAAGGAUUCACGAGUGGCCGCAUGCCUCUCGAUUAUUCUCCGGUCGCUCAAGGCCAUCGAAAAUAGCACCGAGAUCGAAAGCGGGCUUAUGUUCCCGUUGAUUAUGGCAGGCGUCGUUUGCAUUGAAAAAUCCGACCGAGAUUACAUCUUAUCGCGGAUCCGGUCCAUCAAGGAGAAAUUGCGCUUCAGCUACAUCGGCGAAUUCGAAAACUUGCUACAUGCCGUCUGGGAGCGAGAUAACGACGAAGGAGAUUGCGUCAAUUGGGCCAAGAUCCGCUUCUAUCAAUUUCCGGGCUUGGUUAUGUUCUGA